CAGGCAGUGCGGGGGGCAGCGACUCGUCGUCCUCGACGCGCCGCGGGCCUUCUGGGGACCAGUGUUACUACAGCCGCCAGCAUUAUGUCUGUGAGCGAGAUCUUCAUCGAGCUGCAAGGAUUCCUGGCUGCUGAGCAGGACAUUCGAGAGGAAAUCCGGAAAGUUGUACAGAGUUUAGAGCAGACAGCCCGAGAAAUUUUAACUUUGCUUCAAGGGGUUCAUCAAGGUUCUGGAUUUCAGGACAUUCCAAAGAAAUGUCUGAAAGCUCGAGAACAUUUUGACACAGUAAAAACACAGCUAACAUCUCUGAAGACCAAGUUCCCUGCUGAACAGUAUUACAGAUUUCAUGAACAUUGGCGGUUUGUAUUGCAGCGCUUGGUCUUCCUGGCAGCAUUUGUUGUGUAUUUGGAAACAGAAACACUUGUGACUCGAGAAGCAGUUACAGAAAUACUUGGCAUUGAACCAGAUCGAGAAAGAGGAUUUCAUUUGGACAUUGAAGACUAUCUCUCUGGUGUGUUAAUUCUUGCUAGUGAACUGUCUCGCCUGUCAGUUAACAGUGUCACUGCUGGGGACUAUGCCCGUCCUCUUCAUAUCUCUACAUUCAUCAAUGAGCUAGAUUCUGGCUUCCGACUUCUCAACUUAAAAAAUGAUUCGCUGAGAAAACGCUAUGAUGGCCUGAAGUAUGAUGUGAAAAAAGUAGAAGAAGUGGUCUACGACUUGUCAAUCCGAGGUUUCAAUAAGGAAGCAGCAGCCGCUUGUACAGAGAAAUAGAUUUUCCUUGUUAUUGGCCUUGUUUACUUCCAGUGGUUGCCAGUAAAGGGGUGGGAACUUUAAUAUCCCUCUCCUGUGGUAGUUUAGAAGCUGCAAAUGCUUAAAAACUUCUCUUUAUUUUCUUACCAGUUGCAUGGUACAGGUAUAAGAAAUGAAACACUUUUUUAAGAAAAAAAAAAAAAGCCUUCAGAAGGAUAGAAUUCCCUUUCUUGUUGCAGUGAACUUAUUCUAUAAUUCAGUGUAUUUCAGUUCUGCCAACAGUAGUAACUGCCAACUUCUCAGUAAAAAUAGUUCACAUGUUUAUCCUGACUUCCUUGACAUAAUUGUGUUGAGUGCUUGGUGUCUUGCUUGUAUAUUUUUCCUUCUGUGAUAAUUCCUACUCUUUACAUAUCCCAAAAGGCAGACUAGUCGUGCCUAGAUCUGGUAUGAACUUAUAAAUAGACAAUUAAAAAUAAUUUUUGUAAAAUUAAAAUAUAUGAAAAAUGCUUUCUGGUUAAAUAAUGUUUUUGUUAAUUUAAGAAGUCCUGUGAAUGAAUUGAGUGUCAAAGUUUUAUAGGGGAGGCAUUUCUCAAAUAUUCUUAAUAAUGUUUGUAAAAAUGAUGAAGAUUUGCUUUGCUUAAUCAAUCUAAAAAUUAUUUUGGGAGGUGAAAUAUCUAUUUGGACUUAAGUUUUUGGUGAAUUUUUCUUUUUCUAUUAUCAGGCUCAGACAAAAAUUUAGUGUUUAAAAGCCACUGCUUUUUGAUGCUAGAAUGAUUCACUUUGAGAACUAUUACCAUAAAAACAAUCUAUACUUAGGUCAUGGUCACAUGCUUUGUGGGAUUUAUACCUAGAUGACAAACCACAUUUCUAGAAGCCAGAAAAAUAGCUUGGGCUGGAGGCAUACAACCAUCAUAGGAGUUAUUAUUUUUUUAAACCCUUACCUUCUGUCUUACUAUCAGUUCUAAGAAAGAAGAUCAGCAAGGACUAGAUGAACCCAGGUCCAGAUGUAGUGCUUUUCACUGUGCUACUUAGCUGCCCUUGUGAGUUAUUUUUUAGAAAUGUCCCGCAUUCUACAUAUUUAUAUUAUAUAAAUGAGAACUUGGCAGUUUGUACCUUGGGUAAAAGAAAAGCAUUCUCUUAAUUUUGUGGGGCAUGACACCAGAAUAUUCUUCAUCUGCUAUUCACAGAAGUAAUGAAUACUAUUAAGACUGUAACUUUAGUGCUUAGAACUAGUUGAAGGAAAGUUGCCAUUCUUGACACUUGUAAUACAAAGUAGUUACUGACCUUGAUGUUGAAUACUAGUCAUUUAUUCUGUUUGUAACAUAGAGCAUAUUUUACAUAAUUAAAAUUAAGAAUUUUGGCCUUUAUGCUAAGGAAAAUAGAAACAGUGACACAAGUUAUUACACAGAUUAAUUUGUAAACUGUUGACAGCACAUAUAAAUUAAUUACAGACUAUUGAUACUAGUGAAUUUCAAGUGAUAAUCAUUGAGAAAAAUUUUCCAAGUAUUCUUUUUAAAGAGUAGGCUAUGGAAAGGCCUCUUUUAAGAGCUCAGGCACUGAAAGGUGCUCAGGUAGAUGAACCAAGGCAUUUAAAAAUAAUGCCACUUUCUGACCUGAAAAGAAGACUUCAUUUAGAUGAUCUAAAGCAGAUAGUAAGUUUGAUGUCAUUUUUUUUCUUUUUAAGUGUUGUUUCUGCUUGAGAAUGUUAAAAGUUCUAUGGGAAGGUUGUGGAUUAUGAUUCUGAAUGGAAAAAAACAUUUAAAGGGGAGAAGAAAGAUAAGUUGAUUUUGAAUGUGUAUUUUGUUUAUUUGUUGAGCUGUAUACUGUUGCUGUCAUAUGAGAAAUAAAAUUUGUUUUUAUUAUU